GAAGUCAGAGUCUGUAUGCGGGUAAACAAACCUAUCCGAUCGUAGUUAGCUGACAGAAAGAGUCUUUAAAGAUCAUAAUAGCUUUUUUUCAGCAAUGUUGCAGUUGUAUCUGGCUCUCAGAUAGAUUUGGUGAACUCAUCAACAGUAAUUCUGACAUCAGUCAUGUCGAGGAAGCAAUCAGGAAAGCCCGGACGUGGGAACAGGAAAUGUGAGGUGGAGAGAAAGAGGGAUGAACGUGCUGUCCGUAGGGCUCUGUCCAAAGCCAUAAAAAAUCGGCCUCCAGGGGACGAUGAAGGCGAGGAAUUUGUCGGUUUCUCCAACCAACUUAAGGCACUUGGUCUCAAACUGAGAGAGGUUCCAGGAGAUGGAAACUGUUUGUUCCGAGCUCUGGCGGAUCAGCUGGAGGGGAACUCACGAGGUCACCUGCGUCUUAGGCAGGAGACAGUUCAGUACAUGAUGUCUCACCGGCAGGACUUUGAACCUUUUGUAGAAGAUGAUGUGCCAUUUAUUAAGCACGUAUCAGACCUUGCCGAGCCAGGCACCUUUGCCGGCAACGAUGCAAUAGUGGCAUUUGCUCGCAGUCAGCAGGUGAAAGUGGUUAUCCACCAGCUAAAUGCUCCAUUAUGGGAGAUAAAUGGAUCAGAGAAGCCAUUAUGCCAGGAGCUUCACAUAGCGUACCGUUACGGUGACCAUUAUGACAGCGUCCGACAUAUCGCAGACAACUCUGAAAGCCCUGCCCAGCUACGUAUUGCGAAUCUAAAUACUUCAAGACGGUUUGGUGAUUCUGCGAAGGACAAACAGAGAGCACCCUGUCCUAGCCAUGCUCCCUCUGAUGAUGAAGAUGUUAUCCUUAAUUCCCUGAUGACCCCCAGCCCAAACUGUCAAGAGAUAAAUCCAUGCCAGUCAUUCGCCACUUCACAGAUGUGCCAAGAAGAGUGGUUUGAAUACCAGCUGACAAAUCAAUUAUCACCCUGUGAUCUCGGGACAUUAAAUCACCCCAAAACUGUAAAUGAAAAUAUUGACAGUGCACGUCCGCCCGAGAGCAGUACCACACACAAACCCAAGCUGUCUAAUAAACAAAGGAAAGAGCAACAGCGCCUAGAGAAGAAGAAGAGGCAAGAGGAAAGACACAAAAAGAAGGUUCUUCAGGAUCGAGGUUCACAUGACCAGAAUCAGAAUCUGCCUGAUCCGGUUACACUUGUGCCAGCUUUCAACACUCUAAGCAUCUAGCAUCAACACUGGAAACAUCUUGGACAUUUAUAAAAGGUGUUUCUGCUGCUUUAUAUUUAGUUUUUCAAGUAUGGCAAGAAAUUCGAUAAGUUCUACAUUUUGUAUAUGUGGAGAAUUUGAUUAUGUGCAUGAAAAUGUGUUCUGGUCUAAACGCUGCAAUCUCAAUGAAAUAUACUGUCUUUAGGGUAAAUCCAUCAUUCUAUGUGCUACCGUUGCCUUAGCUAAAUAUCUUCACAUUGUUUAAGUUCACUUUAUUAUUUAGAACCAAAGAACUGUAAGUGGGCGGUAUGGAGAUAGUAUUACAUUAUGGUAGAUGUUGGUGAACUGAAAGAAAUUGUUCUUUCCUUUGACUUACAAGGAAUUAAUUCCUAAAUGCUGCCAAUCUUUAUUGAAAUUUAGCAGAGCUUUUCUAAGGCUUUAUAUAUUUUUUUUUUUUGCAUUCUCAUACAGAGAAUCGGUAUAUUUUGAAACGAUAUUUCAUAUUGUGAUUAUCAUGUCAUGUAAGAAAUAAUUCAUUGCACAUUCACAACCUGAAUAAUCAUUCUGUAAGUCUAGUUCAUAUUCAUGUGUUUGUUACACAAACGACUGAGGAUCACAGUUUUAUACAGAAAUGGAAAUUUAUUUAUUUAAAAUCAACAAUAAAGUUUGGGGAGUCUUGA